CGGCUUAAUGAUGAUGUUCCGAUUGCGGGUCAAGAUUUUCUACGUGUACAUCAUUAUUUCGUUCGUGUUUAGUGUGUAUUUGUUUUAUCUAAUCUCGAAGUAUUCGUUCGAAAAAUUUAUCAACUAUCACCGGCAUGUGAGGAGUAACAAAUUCCCCGAUCGUCCUCGGAUACCGCAGAUUGUGGGACACUAUGUGGGCGUCGGUACGACGGGGAACCUGUCGAAAGAUUUCAUGAACACGAACAACUUCGAUCCGGUGCCGGGUGUUGGUGAAAAUGGUGAUCCGGUCGUAAUACAGGCGAAAGAUCUGCUAAGGAUGCAACAGUUGUUUCAGAUCAACCGGUACAAUCUGCUCGCCAGUGACCGGAUCGCACUGAACCGCAGCCUGCCGGAUGUGAGGAAACCGAAAUGCGGUUCGAAGCAAUAUCCCGCCAAACUGCCAACCACGUCGAUUAUAAUCGUGUUCCACAAUGAAGCGUGGUCGGUUCUGCUGCGAACGGUGUGGAGCGUGAUAAAUCGCUCGCCAAAAGGGCUCGUAAGGGAGAUUCUGCUAGUGGAUGAUGCUAGCGAUCGACGGUUUCUCAAGCACGAGCUGGAUAACUACGUCCAGAAGCUACCAAUAUCGGUUACCAUUUUGAGAUUAAAUCAGCGCGAAGGACUCGUAGCGGCUAGACUGCUCGGAGCAAGGAUGGCAACCGGUGACACCCUUACCUUUCUCGAUGCUCACUGUGAAUGUUCGCCGGGAUGGCUAGAACCACUGUUGGCACGCGUCCAAGAAAACCCCAAAAAAGUCGUCUGCCCCGUAAUCGAUAUCAUUUCGGAUGAUAAUUUUUCCUACAUCAAAAGCUUUGAGUUUCAUUGGGGUGCAUUUAACUGGCCGUUACACUUUCGUUGGUAUGCGUUGAGUGAUGAGGAGCUGGCGGAACGUCGAAAAGACACGACAACACCGUUUCAUACGCCAGCUAUGGCUGGAGGGCUGUUUACGAUCGAUCGAAAGUACUUUUUCGAUAUUGGGGCGUACGAUGAGCGGCUAAAGAUUUGGGGUGGCGAUAAUUUGGAGAUGUCUUUUCGGGUGUGGCAGUGUGGUGGUGAGGUGGAAAUAGCUCCCUGCUCGCACGUUGGCCAUCUGUUCCGGAAGAGUUCGCCGUAUACGUUUCCUGGAGGUGUUAGUGGGAUUCUGAACGAAAAUCUGGCUCGUGUUGCCCUCGUUUGGAUGGAUGAUUGGGCAAAGUUCUUCUUCAAGUUCAACAAGGGUACCGAGGAGUUUAAAAGCUUGAACGUAUCAAAUCGAUUGGCGCUAAAGCGCACUCUGAACUGCAAAUCAUUCGACUGGUACCUGAGGCGAGUUUGGCCACAAAAUUUCUUCCCUGCACCGAACAAAUUUUUCGGACGCAUUCAACCAAUCGACCUCACGUCCACGUUCGACUACCAGGAGUACCUUACGCUGAUGAAGAAGAUUAAUCUGAUUAUCAAAAAUCUUAACCCGGAGCUAAAGUGGAAGUUUCUCAUCAAAUACCUCACGGAGAAUGUGAAGCGGAUCGGCGACUCGAUGAAGGCGGCCAAACAUAGCCCGUACUGUCUGCACAAACCGAAAACAAACACGGCCAUUAAUCAACCGUACGGCCAAGCGUACCUGCAAAAAUGUUCGUUGCUGAUCAACGUGCUGGACGAGCAGUUUGUGAUCGACGAUUAUGGGCGCAUUAUGACGGACGAAGGGAUCUGUUUGGAUUCGUUCCGGAAGACGAGCAUCGAUGGGGAAGAGAUUGUCGAAGGUACGCGGAAAAUCAAGAUGGUAACGUGCGGAAGUCAGAAGCCGAACCAGCGCUGGGUGUACGAGACGGAUACGUACCAUUUGAAGAAUAUUGGCGAAGAUUCGGAAUGUCUCGAGCGAAGCGUCACGCUCAUAAAGGAAGAUGGAGAAGAUAAGUAUGAACUGUUUCUUGGUCCGUGCGAUGUACGGAACGAGCUGCAGAAGUGGAUGCUGUUUCCGGUGGCGUGGAAGUAA